CAAGAAGUGGUCGACUUCUGCUGGGAGCUACCGGACAUGGAUGGGAUCAGAGAAAGACGAUGUCAUGAUACUGUGCUGCAGCUUAUCAUGCAAAGUGGGCUGGUACCACAUAAGUUGCGUGCAACUGAAGCAAGAGCCAUCUUCUGAUGAAGAUUGGUACUGCAGCAGCGAAUGCGCUGGUAGUUCCACUUACGUGUACUGCUCCUGCCACCACAAGUGUGCUGAAGAUAUGGUGCAAUGCGCCCUGAAGCAGAAUUGCAGGAAUGCCGAGUGGUAUCAUAAGAGCUGCAAAGGGAUUGCACAGGACGAAUGUCUCCCAGAUGCAUGGUAUUGUGGUGAAGCAUGCCAUCUAGAGGCAGAAGGUGAUGACUACGUCCUCAACCACACAAAGGCAAUAAUGUGGGAAGGUCUCUCGCACCUGUCUAGAAGGAUGGCGGUGCGUGAAGGGGAUGGUGCAGCAAUGCUGGAAGAUUGGAAGAUCGACAUGUUGCAAUUUUGGAACAGGAACCAUCCAAAAUAUUUCACAAUUGCCCAUCACUUCCUGGCAUGUGUAGGAGGAUACGCCCCUCCACAAAUAAGGCAUCACCUCAUGUGGAACAGGGUUGCCAACUUGAAGGGGAAACCAGGUGGCAACAUUGGCCUGGACCUGUGUAAUGAACACAUUAAUCGGGACUUCAAAGAACUGCUGGCCAACUCCAACGGCAACUACACUCCUCAGAAAGUGAAGAGAUGUUCACAGAUGUCCGGACCCUAUGGCCGAACACUCGAUGACGGGUUCACAGAUGUUGGCCUCGUCGACAUGAGAACUCCUAAUCGUAAGCGCCGGCCAAAUCUCUACAAAGCCGACGUGAGCCGGUUCGUGACAGAAUAUAGCAGCGACUCACUCUGCGACUACAUUCCCGGGCGAGAGCACGAUGCUUUCCCUAACUUUGAAGCACCCAACCAACUGUUCUCUCCAGUAAGGCUUGGUAGGAAACUGUACAAAUUCUCACAUGCCAUGGAUUCAUGGCGUCAAAUUAAAAAUGUAUAACCUACCUGGCAUCUGUGGCUGUUCCAGCAACUUCUUGUCACAUAUACAGCAGCAGGAGUUUGGCUUAGAGCAGUUCUGCAGUGCAUUAUUGUCCAUGCCAGGAGUGAAGAGGAACUGCAAAAUUCUUUUGCGAAGGCAUGUUUCAUCAGCCUGUGAAGACAGCAAUAACAUGCGCAUAGGCUCGUCAACUCGCCUCUUGUCUAUGGAACCUGGGUAAAUGUACAUAAUAGCACGUCCAGGUUUACCAUCGCGCGCACACCUGCCCACUUCCUGCCAAUACGUCAUUAUGUCAGCUGAUGGGCCCCAGUGAAUGACAAUGUCAAUGUUGGAAAUGUUGAUUCCCAUGCCGAAGGCGAUGGUCGCCACAACACAUCGUAGAGCAGACUGUGCAUCCACAACACUGCUGGCGAUACGGGUGUGGCUGUCUGCAUCCGUUGAGGAAUGAUACAUCUCCACCACUCUGCUGUGAACAUCACGCGUGCUGCUUGAAUAGGCAGCAGACUCAAGCUCUAGCAUCAGCCAGUGAUAGAUGGAAGCAACAUGGUCCACUUGCCUGCAAAUAGCGAAUAAGCCUUUUGUAGCCACUCAUUAGUAACGUUUAUAAUGACUAUGCUGAAAUUCUAUGGGUAUUCUAACCCUAGCA